CCAGCCCAGGCGCGGAGCCGGGUGCUGGGAAUGUCCCGGGCUGAGUUCGCCGAGACGCCCGCUCCACUCCGCCCGGCUCCGCUGUUGCCUUUAGGGCCCGAGGCUCGCCGCAUUCCGAGAUGGCCGAGGAGUCCGACAAAGCCGUGAAGUACUACACCCUGGAAGAGAUCCAGAAGCACAACAACAGCAAGAGCACCUGGCUGAUCCUGCACUACAAGGUGUACGAUUUGACCAAAUUUUUGGAGGAGCAUCCUGGUGGGGAAGAAGUCCUAAGGGAACAAGCUGGAGGUGAUGCUACUGAAAACUUCGAGGAUGUGGGACACUCUACGGACGCCCGAGAACUGUCCAAGACGUUCAUCAUCGGGGAGCUGCACCCGGAUGACAGACCAAAGAUAACCAAGCCAUCGGAAACUCUUAUUACUACUGUUGAUUCUAAUUCCAGCUGGUGGACCAACUGGGUGAUCCCAGCCGUCUCAGCAGUGGUUGUAGCCCUGAUGUAUCACCUCUACACAUCGGAAAACUAAACACAUUCUUAGAAUCCAAUGGAAGAAAAGACUGCUUUGGUCUGGGGAGAAAGAAACCACUGCUAACUGCUUCGACUGACAGAACCCUUCACGUGAAAAUAAUUUGCAUACUCCUGUUUCCCUUUCCUCCUACAUUAGACACAAAACAAACCAAAAAGAACUGUUCUGUUCUUUUACUCCUGAACUUUUAGAGUGUGCCUUUUUAUUUGUCAGCUUUGUUUUAAUGUUCCAUCACUACGUCACUUGUUUAUUGUGGGCACAAUCUUUUAAAACAUACCACCAUGUUUGGCUGUCUAUUUGGUGUAGAAUUGUCUUUAACAUUUGGAAUCUGAUUAUUUGAUGGUCAUUUACUGUGCUGAUCUUUCAGACCCAAGGUGUCUGUCUGAUGUGAGGAGGGGUGUCCUUGGGUCUCUUCUUGUGCUGCUUCAUCUAAUCGAAUAAUCAGGUAUUGCUUGCUUCCAGCGUAAUUUUUUUAAGGAAAUUAAGGAAGGCCCAGAAAUAAUAGCUUAAAGAUUGCUAAUAAAUGUUCUACUUGAACAAUCGAAUAGAUAAUAAAAAGAGAAAGUGGCCUACAAGACCUAGAAAAGAUACUCCGUCUCUUCUUUGAUUAAAAACACCAGCAACAUCAACAAAAGCCUGUGAACCUUGAGAGAACGUUACCACUGUCCCUUCUCUCAGCUUAAACAUUUCAUUCCGAAGAGAUUCUCAGUUAUACAGGUUCUCAGGUUUUACAGGUUCCUCCUUCAGAGGUGAAAAUUGUUUAUGUGCUCCUGUAAGGAAAUGUUGAUUCCCUGAUUUGUAAAGACACACAUUUGAAACAGGUUGUGGGACAUUUGGAAUCUGAUUUUUGAAGAAAUUUAGCUCUGGUGAUGGGCCAUGAGGAACUCUGGUGUGGACUGAUUCAGUCAUCCCAUCUUUGUUUAUUAUUCUGUGCCCCAUGCUUUUUUCCUUUGAAUGUGGAAACCUGAGAGAGGAAUUUAUAGACUUGAAGUACGUCCUAGUUAGCGAUGGUUGUCCAUUGGCAUGCUAACCAACUGAUGAGCCGUGGAGUUCUGCAGAAGUAACUAAACACAUUGGAAAGGGAUUUGUUUAAAUUACAGAGCAUUGAUUUUUAUUAUCAAUGACAUGUUGUAUCACCCUGUGCCUUUUUUGUCACUGAAAGUUCAAGUGAAUGUCAGAGGGCGGUGGGGCAGGUGUCUGUAUCACGUGGGAAAACACCUUGCAGAGAAAUCCUUUGUUCAGAUUUGAAUAAACGUAUGCCUGGAACACAA